AUGGAUACCCCACUUCUGCACACUAAGAGUGACGGUUGGGCGGAUCGCUACGACGUGACCGACGGCUACGUGCGAGAGGCAGCGGGCGGCGUGACCAUCAAACUACAGUCGGCUGAUGUGAAGUGGUUCGAUGAUUACUACCUGAAACUGCGACCGGAGAACAACCAGAGGAACCCGUGGUUUCCAGAGUUCUGGCAGCACCGCUUCCACUGCAAGCUCAAAGGCCACGCCCAGGAGAACACCAAGUUCAACCGCUCCUGCAGCAAACGAGAAUCCCUUCGUCAGCAGUAUGCUCAAGACACUAAAAUGGGCUUCGUCAUCAACGCCAUCUACUCCAUGGCGUACGGGCUACACAACAUGCAGCGGUCCCUGUGCCCCGGGUAUCAGGGGUUGUGUGAUGCCAUGAGGCCCAUAGACGGUGCUACACUUUUGGACUUUCUCAUGAAGACAAACUUCACAGGGGUUUCUGGAGAGGGUAUUUUAUUUGAUGAGAAUGGAGAUUCUCCUGGGAGGUAUGAAAUAAUGAACUUUAAGAAGAUGGGAAAGGACUACUAUGAUUAUAUCACCGUCGGCAGCUGGGACAAUAGUGGGCUGAAGAUUGAUGAUGAUGAAAUUUGGCCUAACAAAGAAGCUAUCAUCAAAUCUGUCUGCAGUGAACCCUGUGACAAAGGACAGAUUAAAGUGAUCCGGAAAGGCGAGGUGAGCUGCUGCUGGACUUGCACCCCAUGUAAAGAGAAUGAGUUUGUGUUUGAUGAGUACACCUGUCGAGCCUGUGAGCUGGGCUCCUGGCCCACGGAUGACCUCACAGGCUGUGACCCCAUCCCAGUGGAGUACCUCCGGUGGGGAGACCCCGAGCCCAUUGCUGCUGUGGUUUUUGCCUGCCUUGGACUCAUGUUUACAUUUUUUGUCACUGCUGUUUUUAUAAGAUUCCGGGACACUCCAGUGGUGAAGUCUUCGAGUCGGGAGUUGUGUUACAUUAUACUUGUGGGCAUUUGUUGUGGUUAUCUCUGUACGUUUUGCCUCAUAGCCAAACCUCAUGUCGUUCACUGCUACCUCCAACGCCUUGGUAUAGGACUGUCGCCUGCAAUGAGCUACUCCGCACUCGUUACAAAGACAAACCGCAUUGCACGGAUCCUAGCAGGGAGCAAGAAAAAGAUUUGUACAAAAAAGCCACGCUUUAUGUCUGCCUGUGCUCAGCUCAUCAUUGCCUUCCUACUCAUUCUUUUACAAUUGGGUAUCAUUGUUGCUCUGUUCCUAAUGGAGCCCCCACAGGUAAUUCAUGAUCAUCCCAGCAUUCGACAAGUAAAUCUGAUCUGCAACACCACAAAUUUGGGAGUAGUUGCUCCCCUGGGAUACAAUGGUCUGCUCAUCCUUAGUUGUACAUUCUAUGCCUUUAAGACUCGCAAUGUUCCGGCUAAUUUUAAUGAGGCUAAAUACAUUGCCUUCACCAUGUAUACAACCUGCAUUAUAUGGCUGGCUUUUGUACCAAUCUACUUUGGCUCAAACUAUAAAAUUAUCACAAUGUGCUUCAGUGUUAGCCUCAGUGCCACUGUGGCCUUGUGCUGCAUGUUUGUUCCCAAGGUGUACAUCAUUCUGGCUAAACCAGAGCGAAAUGUGCGCAGUGCCUUCACCACAAGCACGGUGGUUCGCAUGCACGUUGGGGAUGGCAAGUCGUCCUCCGCAGCCAGCCGCUCUUCCAGUUUGGUGAAUCUAUGGAAGAGGAGAGGCUCCACCGGAGAGACACUCAGUUCCAAUGGCAAAUCCGUAUCCUGGGCACAGACUGAACGCAACGCUUCUCGUGGCAACCACCUGUGGCAAAGGUUGUCAUUUCACAUUAAGAAAAAGGAGAACCACACAGCAGUGAUCAAGCCGUUCUCCAAAACCUCAGAAGAACGCUACUGCGGGGGCAGCAACCUGCCUCCGCAUGUGCCCCUGCCCUCCCUCCCAUCAAUGUCCUCUCUUCCCAGUCAGCAGGACACUGCCACAGACAAGACUCUGUACGAGCUUUCUGAAGCUGAAGAAUGCUACUCACUCACGUAUCAGCCACGGAGCCCGUCCCCCAUCAGCACUGUGAGCCAGAGGCUGGGGGCCGCUUUAGAGGAGGAGCCCAGCCUUCCUCAAUAUGCCAGUAGCACCUGCAGCAGGGACAGCGGGGGCAGCAGGGUCAGCAGGGGCAGUGUGGCCAGCAGCUGUGGCUCGCCAAGCAGGGGUUCUGUUGUCGCCGGGAGCGACGGUCGCCUGAUCACAGUGGGAGAUCUUCCAGGACCGGUGCAGAGUUCACUCAUGGAUCAGAUCAGCUGCGUAGUGAACCGUUUCACAGCCAACAUAACGGAGCUCAACAGCAUGAUGCUGAUGCCCUCCCCGUCUCAUUCUCACAAACACUCUGCUCCUCAACCUGUCCCCACAGACCCGUAUCUGUUACCACGGGAACUACACAUGCCGCCAACACUUACCACCUACGCUGAUGUGCAACCUCAGCCACCAGUGGAAGCCCGUGUGCCCUGUCCAAUUCAUCCUAUGGGACCUCCACCUUGUGUCCGGCCCCAGCCGUCCCCCUCACUGUCCCCUCUCCGAGGAGCUCAGGUCAGGUGCAUGACUGACUCUCCUCUGAGGAGGGAGGAGCUGGAGGAGGAACUUAUUGCAUUGACUCCUCCGUCGCCUUUUCGCGACUCUUUAUCAAGCAGCAGCUCACAGUUUUCAGAGACAGGACUUUGUCUGCCCCCAGUCCCCUCUUUCCCUCCACCGUCCCCUCCAUCACCCCGAUUCAGCAGACUGGCCCUGAGAAACUACAGCCAGAGCUCCUCGUCUCUGUGA